AUGGCUUCUUCUUCCGCCUCUGUCGUUUACCCAAUACCCCCACUACCAAACAAGCGAGACCAAGGCGCGACUGGCGGAGACCUCAUCGUCACCUACCACUCCGACUUGGCCCAAUGCGAGAUCCUGCCAACCGGCUCCCGCUACACAAGCGCGGGAAACUUCAAAGCCGGGACCUUCCUCCCAUUCAUCCAACCCACCUUCAUCCACGACCUCUAUCCACGGCCCCUUAGCACCGAAGAUGAAGAGAGCUCGGGGCUGCCAGUGAUACUCUCCAUGUUUAACACAGAACCGAAAGCAACAACACUGGAAGAGGAUUGGGAGAAAAAAUGGUUCACCAUAGCCGCCCGACUUUUCCCGAACAAACUUGCCUUCGAAGGCGUAGCAGUCAACGGAUGGGAGACAGACGAUCCCCAAUCCGUGAAGGUUACCCUCGCAAUGCCGCGUGAUAGUGGCACAUCAGCACGUGUGUCCCUUACCGGCCCCGUCGAUCUGGAUACAUUCCAUCUCGUGGACACAGCCUGGCCAGAACCACUCACCAAGGCUGCAGUGUUUGUCAAGCUGGCCUCGUAUUUGCAGCCGGAGAACGACCACCCCCCUCACAAAGGUAUCCACGUCUGCCACGUCCUCCUCAUCUUUCCCGUUGAACAACAACCGUGGAAGUCGUUAGCCGGCUGGAUGCGAACAGCUGUCAACCCAUUUCCAAGAGGAUCCUGGAUCGCAUGCAACGGUCGCCUCCUAGGAGUUCUCGAUUGA